AUGUCGAGUGCUCCCCUAUUACAAAGAACUCCAGGUAAAAAAAUUGCACUUCCAACAAGAGUGGAACCCAAAGUGUUCUUCGCCAAUGAAAGAACUUUUCUAUCGUGGUUAAAUUUCACAGUGAUGUUAGGUGGUCUAGGUGUAGGCCUAUUAAAUUUCGGUGAUAAAGUUGGUAGAAUCAGUGCAGGUUUGUUCACUUUAGUUGCAAUGGGUACAAUGAUAUAUGCUUUAGUUACUUAUCAUUGGAGAGCUGCUGCCAUUAGACGCAGAGGUUCUGGUCCAUAUGAUGAUAGAUUGGGCCCUACUUUAUUAUGUUUCUUCCUUUUAGUUGCUGUUAUUAUUAACUUUAUCUUAAGAUUGAAGUAUGGCGAAAAGACAUCUUCCGGCUAUUGA